UGAGAGGGCCGGUGUCGUUUGUGUUGCGUUGGGUCAAAAAUGGUUAACUCAUUUUCGACCGACCGCGUAGAAAAAAGGGGCUCUCGAGAGAAAGGCGACAGGAAGGGCGAUUCCUCUCCGUGUGCUUUACGAAGGUAGAUCGUUGCGUAAUUUUCUUGAUUCCUCUGAUUUUUCGAUUCAGACCACGUUAUCUUCUUCCUUCCUCUCAAUCUGGUUGGGUUAUGGGGUUUGAAUCGAUUUCGUUUAACGAUUAAAAUUAGGGUUUCAAAACGAUUUGGGUAUAAAAUGAUUUGGGGAGAGGGGUUUUAAGCUCGUUCAAUUGAUAUGUUCUCUGUUUCGUUGCUCGUUGCUUCCGUUUGAGUAGCUCGUUGAUUUCUUUAAGUUGUAAUUCGUUUAAUUAUUUGAAUUCGUUGAAUUAAUAUUUAGUUUUUGCUGAUGAUUAUAAGCUUUGUACUGGGGUUUUGGUUGAAUUUGUUUCGCUAACUAAUUUGUUUUUAAGAUCGUUCAAUCUUCUUUUAACUUUCUCUUAUUUAUCUCGUUGAAUUCGUUUUGUGAUGAUGAUUAUUGUUGUUUAACUAUGUUCUUACAUAAUUUCUUUCAGGUUAACGAAAAUGGGACAAGAUUACAGCUACAGUCAGCCCUCUUCAUCAUCAGAGUCUCUAGACAUAACCUCCCUUCUUGAAGCCGAAUGUCAGAUUUACGGGGAUGAAGCUGACAGUAGCUACUGCAAUUCAUUGCCGGUUCAGUAUCCACGUCAACCAGAGGCUGAUGAUGGAAUCCCCACGACAUGUUACUGUGGAGCUCAGCCUGUUCUCGGAUGCUCUUACACUUCUAAAAAUCCAUACAGAAGGUACUUUACGUGCGACAAUGCUGAUGAUGGAGACUGCCACAUUUGGAAAUGGUGGGAAGUGGCAGUAAUGGAGGAGAUGAUGGAGUUUCAGAGACAACUUAGGGAUCUUAAGGUCCAAGGUUAUGAGAGUGAGCAGAAGGUCCUUCACCUUGAGAAGACGGUACAUGAGCUUUCCAAGAACAAAUCAGGAGUUAAGCUAACGGUCUGUCUGUUAGUUUUAAUAGGUUUGGUGUUAUUGAUUGUGCAAGGUAAGUUUCUCUCCUCUGUUUCAUUGUAUUUUCUUGAAUUUUGAUGAAACAUUUUAAUGUUUUAUCUCAUGUUUUUUUCAGGAAUCAUUGGAAAGGUUUCAAAGGAUAGUGGCGGUCUUCG